CUGCAGACUACAAGAUAGAAAACGUGCCCCGCUUUCAAAACAAAAAAAAUUGAUUGCAGAGGCACAUUCAGGAACGCAUUUCCCUUCCGCUAAUAAUCUCGUCGACUGCAUUUCCUUCGCAGUCAUUCGGCCAACAUCAGGGACCAGCGAACAGACAUCGCUGCCCAACUAGACCCUCAUCGAAAGAUCUGACCGAUCUUCGAUAUUCGACCUUUUCUCCCAUUCAGACUCUCGUUCCCUUCUCCAUUGACGAACCCCCGGUACCUUGCUCGUCUCAAUCCUUUAAUUCCACGACGCCCUUUCGCUUCGUACCCUUACAAGAUGUCGGAGAUCACACACCCCACGAUCAAAGAUGGCUGGUUCAGAGAAAUCUCCGACAUGUGGCCCGGCCAGGCUAUGAUCCUCAAGGUCAAUCAAGUCUUGCACCACGAAAAGUCCAAAUACCAAGACGUCCUGGUCUUCGAGAGCAGCGACCACGGAACUGUCCUCGUCCUUGACAAUGUCAUUCAAUGCACAGAGCGCGACGAGUUCUCCUACCAAGAAAUGAUCACACAUUUGGCCAUGAACUCGCACCCAAACCCAAAGUCAGUGCUUGUCAUUGGCGGCGGUGACGGUGGUGUUCUGCGCGAGGUUGUCAAGCAUGAGUCUGUGGAGAAAGCUAUUCUUUGCGACAUUGACGAGGCUGUCAUCCGUGUCAGCAAGAAAUAUCUGCCAGGAAUGUCCAUUGGCUACCAGCACCCAAACGUCGACGUCCAUAUUGGAGACGGGUUCAAGUUUCUGGCUGAUCGCAAGAACGAAUUCGAUGUCAUCAUUACCGACAGCAGCGAUCCAGAGGGUCCAGCAGAGUCGCUAUUCCAGAAACCCUACUUUGAGCUUCUGUACGGAGCCUUGAAGGAAGGUGGUGUUAUUACUACCCAAGCUGAAAACCAAUGGCUUCAUCUCCCACUUAUCACCAAGCUCAAGAAAGACUGCAAAGAAGUCUUCCCCGUGGCAGAGUAUGCCUACACUACCAUCCCCACCUAUCCUUCUGGCCAGAUUGGAUUCAUGGUCUGCUGCAAAGAUGCCAACCGAGAUGUCAAGACACCUCUACGAACCUGGAGUCCCGAGGAGGAAGACAAGUUGUGCAAAUACUACAACAAGGAGAUUCACAAAGCUAGCUUCAUUCUGCCAACAUUUGCACGCAAAGCGCUGAAAUAGACAUUGCAUAAGGGGAUACUAUCAUGACUUUAUGAAAGGCGAGCCAGCAUGAUACCAGGUCACAAUGUUUUCUUUUUACUGAUGCUGCUUGGGAACUUUCCUAGCAGUGUCCUGUAUGGCCGAUCAGUGCUACGACUUGAGGGCCUGACACAGCGGACAACCACCCAAAAACAGAUAGACAUCAGGUACGACGAUCAAUGCUAUGCUAGGGGUACAGGAGAGCCUCGCAGGAUCUGCGUCCCUAGUUGUCGGCCACGGAACAUACAUGAAGGUGCCUGAAGAGUGCAGCACUCCAGUAAAAAUGCAACUCACGUAUCAUCGUAGAUGUCAAUUGACAUGACUUCACGGUGGGCACAUGGAUGACAUCAUUUCAAGAAAUCAUUCAUCAUUAGGGUCCUGCUUCAACUCAACAACAUAUUUCU